GCAGAGGGGGGUGGAGGACACUGAAUGAAGGCCAGUGGAGGGAUUGGCAGAGGGGGGUGGAGGACACUGAAUGGAGACCAGUGGAGGAAUUGGCAGAGAGGGGUGGAGGACACUGAAUGGAGGCCAGUGGAGGGAUUGGCAGAGAGGGGUGGAGGACACUGAAUGGAGACCAGUGGAGGGGUUGGCAGAGAGGGGUGGAGGACACUGAAUGGAGGCCAGUGGAGGGGUGGAUUGGCAGAGAGGGAGAGGGGUGGAGGACACUGAAUGAAGGCCAGUGGAGGGAUUGGCAGAGGGGGGUGGAGGACACUGAAUGAAGGCCAGUGGAGGGAUUGGCAGAGGGGUGGCAGAAAUGGAAUGGUCGGCCAAUGAGGAGGGAGUUACAAUAGUCAAGGUGAGAGAUAACAAGGGAGGGAAUAAGUUGCUUAGU